AUGGAUAUUCAACUAUUGGGCUUGGCACCUUUACCCCUUACACUCCUUGCCAACGUGAGAAGACUUGAAUUCCUCGUAGGCUAUGGGAGACAAACUGACCUUGGCCUGGUUUGGAGGGACCUCUCAUAUAAGGAGGAAGUCUUCAUGCGACACCGAUCUUGGCUCAAGGCGGUGGCCCUCGGGGUCACCGUCAUCUUGCUGUCUGCUAGUGUAGCUGCAAUGGGGUUUGAGCCUCCUGUGCGUACAGUGAACCGCCAACCGCACUGCCCUGAGCGGUGUAGUCUUUCUGGAAGCAAUACCGGGAACUGGUCCAUAUACCCCAGUUUCACGCCAAUCCGAUACUGUCAGGAAACCAUGUUUUACCACUUUUCCAUCUACGAUCCAGUCGACGAUCUGAGCAUCAAUCACCGCAUCCAGGCUUGCUCCUCCUUUGGCCCAGAUUUCGAACAGAUCUCCACUUCGGAAGUUGUGGCCAGUGCUGAUGUGAACACUCCUGAGACUGCAAUCGUCAAUUUUGAGGUCGGAUGGUGGGAAGAAGGCUUCGGCUUGCCUGUAGCCGGUAUUCGGUCCCUGAUCCAACAAAUCCGCACCUACAUUGCUCGGGGACAUGGCGCAACGGAUAGGCCCUUCAUCAUGUUCGGUCAGUCAGGUCAGGCCACACUCGGUCUUUAUAUUGGUCAGGGCCUUCUGAACCAAGGAGUGGGCGACUUUGCUCUUGGGAUCCUGCAAGACAACCUCGACAAGCUCAAUGUCUCGACACGACAACUGGCCAUGCAGCUCUGCAGCUCCGAUUAUGACAGCACCCAUGUGUUCGGCGUGGCUGUCAUGAGUAAUGGCACCUUUUCACCUAUUCAAGAUGCCAUCAAGGGCUGGGACAACGCCACUUGCCUUUCUUUCGCCGAGUCGACCACCUUCCCUGGCGAGGCCAAAUUCUUGACCCCACUUCUUCGUGCCAACUCCACGCUCUUGCACCACAACACAACACCAAUCAACUCCACACUGCGUGCGAGAACGCUCCGACAUGGACUUCAGCAGCGCUCACAGGCGCUCCAACAACGAGCUACCUGCAGAACCGUGCAGGUGGAAGCAGGCAAUGGCUGCGCCGAGCUGGCAGUCAAGUGCGGCAUCACUCCUUUCAAUUUUGAUCGACUCAACCCCGGUAUUUGCGGCUCUCUUCGUCCCAAGCAACAUGUCUGCUGUACCGAGGGGACUCUUCCCGACCUUCGACCAAAGCCUAAGGCGGACGGGUCCUGCUUCGAUUACUCGGUCAAGCCGGACGACAACUGUGCCAACCUUGCCGCCGAGUACGGCCUAAAGGUGACCGAUAUCGAGACGUUCAACAAGAACACCUGGGGCUGGAAUGGGUGCCAGUUGCUGUGGGUUGGAACGAAGCUGUGCUUGAGCUCAGGGACAGCCCCCUUUCCCGCCCCUGUCGCCAACGCUGUGUGUGGUCCUCAGAAGCCGGGUUCAACGCGGCCGACAGAUGGCUCCGAUAUUGCCAAUAUGAACCCCUGUCCCUUGCGAUCGUGCUGCAAUAUCUGGGGUCAGUGCGGUGUGUCGAAAGACUUUUGCGUUGAUACGAGAGGCAACGGUGCUCCAGGGACAGCAGCUCCAGGUACCCAUGGCUGUAUUUCAAACUGCGGAAAUGCUAUCAUCCGAGGAACCGGAAAUGGUGCCAUCAAGCUUGCCUACUUUCAAGGAUACAGUCUGAGUCGCCCAUGUCUCUAUCAGGAUCCCUCCCAGAUCGACACGUCGAAAUACACACAUUUGCACUUCGCCUUCGGUACCUUGACCCCUGAUUACGAGGUUGAGGUUGGCGACACACUGGCUCAGUACCAGUUCCGCGAGUUCAAGCGCCUCCGCAAUGUCAAGAGGAUCCUGUCUUUUGGAGGUUGGGCUUUCUCCACUGACCCAGCGACAUAUCUGAUCUUCCGAAAUGGCGUCAAGCCCGAAAACCGUCGUCGUAUGGCAACAAACAUCGCAAAUUUCAUCAUCAAACAUGGUCUCGACGGCGUCGACAUUGACUGGGAGUAUCCAGGAGCCCCUGAUCUUCCAGAGUUUGAUCCCGGAAAGGCCGAAGACGGUCCUAACUACCUUGCCUUCCUGAUCAUACUCAAAACCAUGCUGCCAGGCCGGUCAACUGCCAUUGCAGCCCCUGCAUCCUACUGGUAUCUGAAGCAGUUCCCCAUUCAGCAGAUAGGAACGGUGGUCGACUACAUUGUCUACAUGACAUACGAUUUACAUGGACAAUGGGAUGCCGGUUCGCGAUGGUCUCAAGAGGGAUGCCCAACGGGCAACUGUCUCCGUAGCCAGACAAACAUGACCGAGACAGCGCAGUCGCUGGCCAUGAUCACCAAGGCCGGAGUUCCCGGGCACAAGAUACUCGUCGGCGUCACCAGUUAUGGCAGGUCCUUCCAGAUGGCCCAACCUGGCUGCUGGGGGCCCAACUGCCAUUUCACUGGCGACCGUUUGACCUCGUUUGCAACCCCUGGAAGAUGUACCGGCACCAGCGGGUACAUUGCAGAUGCCGAGAUCAACGAGAUUGUCAACGGACGGGGCAACGGUAUCGGCGCAAGGGGCAGCCGAGUGGUCACACAGUACACCGACGCAGCCAGCCAUAGCGACAUCAUGGUCUACGACAAUAACCAGUGGGUUUCCUACAUGUCCGAAGAGUCCAAGAAGAUUCGUGCUGCCGUUUAUGCGUCGUUGGGCAUGGGCGGCAUAAUUGACUGGGCGAGUGACAUGCAAGUCUUCAAUGAUCCCCCGCCACCGAGCAAGAGCUGGAAUGAAGAGCCAGACAGUCACAUCGCCAGGAUCAAAGCUGGGGAAGACCCAAAGCUCAACGGAAGUGACACGACACCGGCCGGAAGGUGGAAGACAUAUGACUGCAUGCACCGGGCCAUCUCGGAUCUCUAUACGUUUGGCCCACCCCUGCAACGCUGGCACGCCUUGGACACCGACACGGCUUGGCGUGAGGGGGUCAAGGUCUUCAAGGAUAAUUUCAGGGGAAAGGUCGACUUUAUGGAGGCCUUUGAGCAGAUCUACCGUCUAGGAGCCAGCCCGAAGUGCGGCAGCUUCGCGAUGCCUGCGGACAACUGCGAUUCCCCCUUCGAAUGCGGAAAAGGCUUGGAUGAAAAUCAAUCGGGACCGGCAGCCAAGCUGAUCUUUGACGCUCUGAUAUACAUCCACCAAAUGCACCAUCAGUACUACGACAGCCUGAAUGAAGCAGCGACCUUCCUGAGUCCGAAGAUCGGCGAAAUGCAUGAUACAUUUGCACCCAUUCCACCGCCAAAGGACGAUGAUGUUUGGCAAAAGGUGCUGAUAGAUCUGCUCGGCAUGGGUACACUGACGGUGGCCGCCCCUUUUUUCAACAGCUUCUUGCGAAGGCUCCCACACUUUAUUCCACGCGAGGGUCAGCUCAAUAACGCCAAGGAUGUCACCAUGGCCGCAAUCGGGACCACCACAUCCGUCACCAAAGAGCUAUUGCCUCCAGGAGAAAAUUCAAAAUGGAACCCUCAAGGUCAGAAUAACUUUUCGAGCUACUUGGGCGAGGUCAUCAAAGGAUGGGCCCGCGGCGCGGAGGACUCGGUCGCUCGUCUUUUCAAUGGCAAGGACGAAUCGAUUGACCAGCUGUGGGAACUGAUCAAAGAUGGCAAGCUGAGCGAGGGUUCCAUACCCAACGGUUUCGUGAGGCCAGAGAAGAUGUCGGCCAACGCGUUGCGAGACAAGGUCACGAAGACGAUCUUUGGCUUCGGUAUUCCACAUCUUUGGAGGUUUUCUGGAUCCCACGCCUUCAUUCUCAAUUCUGGUGCCGAUUGUGAUGCUCACAGACCAGUGUCAGAGUACCUCUCGGAUGAUACGAUGGAUAAGGCGGGUGUGUGCGUCAACGGUCGGAAAUACUACCUGGUGAUGCCUGAUAGCAGCAAGGACAAGGUCUAUGAGUGUUUCGAGGAUGGGUCCUGUGCGAUGGCCAAGUUUAUACUGCCCCCUGGCUUUGAGUCACUGAGCAGCUUCGGUGGUGUCUCCAAGGAUGACAUUGUCGUUGGCUCCGUCAACACGUGGGUACAGAAUGGCCGCGCAAACGGUGAUCCGGUGGGAGGCAGGCCCAACGUCUUUGACUCCAACGUGAAGAAAGAUCUCUUCGACCUCAACAUCAGGAUCCCCGGCUUCAUGAAGCUGCCAGUUUGCUCCCCAGAGCGAGCCAGGCAGACAUGGGAUACCAGCGACGGGCGGCACGGUUCCACACCGAACUGGCCCUGUGACGUUCCCCCGGGACGUGGCUACUGCGGCAUGUCCACCUUUGAGGACCGAACCCACGGCGGCUCCCCCUUGAUCUCUGAUUGUCUCCAAAUCAUCCGCAACAUCGAAGGAGACGGCACCACCGAGUGGAGACACCAGGUGGCCGGCAAGCCGCACCGAGAGAUUCUCAGUUUUGGGACUUGCCGGUUCGGAAUCGAGGCAACGCAUAUAGGAUUGAACGUCGAUUUCCGGGUGGGCGGGCAGGAUGUCAUCGACAUCAUCAACGAUUCGGUGCAGAAGUUCGGCAAGAACGGGCGAGUGGCUGCCAGAGGCGAGAUGGAGUGCUCGGGCAGCAGCAAUGGCCAGGGUGUGUUGUGGGGUAUUUAUGGAGGUACUUAA